AUGAGUGACGUGAAAGAUGCGAUCGUGUUACACAAAGACACCGGCCCCUCCGCUCUCAAGUUCCCGAUGUUAACUUCCUCUAACUAUACUGUCUGGUCCAUGAAAAUGAAAAUAGCGUUAAAGGUCAGUGAAGUAUGGGAGGUAAUAGACCCCGGGACCAAGGACGAAAAUAAGAAUAACAUCGCUAUCGCGUUCUUAUUCCAGUCUAUACCGGAAGCGUUGAUCUUACAAGUUGGUGAGAUCGACACAUCUAAAGGAGUAUGGAAUGCGAUAAAGGCACGCCAUGUUGGAGCCGAACGUGUGAAAGAAGUUACGUUACAAACUUUGAUGGCAGAGUUUGAUAGACUCAACAUGAAAGAUAGAGAUAAGAUUGAUAGCUUUGUUGUAAAAUUAUUCGAAAUUUACUCUAAAUCUGCCUCCUUAGGAGAGUUGAUAGAGGAGCCAAAACUUGUUAAGAAAUUCUUAAAGAGCUUGCCGAGAAAGAAAUAUAUUCACAUUGUUGCAUCACUCGAACAAGUUCUGGAUCUCAAUACAACAAGUUUUGAGGAUAUCGUGGGAAGACUAAAAGCAUACAAAGAAAGACUCGCUGACGAAGAGGAUGAAGAAGAGACACAAGAAGAUUCUGAAAAAUUGAUGUACACCAAUGCAGAUUCGAAUUCAGACAGUUAUGGCUAUAACAACCGUGGUCGAGGUCGCAGAGGAAGAUCCAAUUGGAGAGGUAGAGUGAAGAACCCUAAGGAACGAACACUCAACCGGAUUGGAAAGAUAUGA